GUUGAGAUGGGGAACGGAGUUCAUGUCGAGGACGCAUCGAGUGGAAGUCACGCCGGCUGUUCGAACGCACACAACAACGGAACCAUGUCGUGUAUGUGGUAUCGCUCCAUUUAGUUCUGACCGAUACCUUGUGCUUGCUUGCACUCUUGAGGAAGAAGGCUAUAUGAAGGAACUAGAGGUGCGUAUUGUGGAGCGUACCACUUUUGGUAAUGUAUUUCGUGGACGCCUACAUACAAAACACAAGCAUCCCUUGCAGUACAGUUUAGCCUUUUCUCUUGGUGGAGCUAGCACUCCUGCUCCUGCUGCUGCUUCUUCUUAUACGGUGGAGACGUCGGUGUCGGCGACAUCCAGGGUAGCACCCAAAUCGUUGCCUUCCUCGAUGCCAUUGUUGUCUGACACCGUGCCGGCAUCUGUUUUUUUUAUUGUCUGCGUGGAUGCCAUCAUUAAGGUGACACCCACCGACGACGACCAGCAUGUGGAGUAUCUUCUAAGGAUGGGUCGUUUCAAAGAGGCCUACAGCUACGCCCGCACCCACCCGCUCCGUCAGCAUCAAGCUGUGGACGUCGGCCAUCAUCUCCUGCAGCAUCUGUUUGCAGAGAAGAAGUACGACGAGGUGGCGUCUUCGUUGGCGGAGGUGGUGAAGGGGGAUUAUUUGGAGUGGGAACGGUGGAUUUGUCAGUUCGAUCAGCAGGGCAUGUCCGAUCUGCUUGUUGAUGUGCUUCCGAUUCAGGGCGGGAAUAGCAGGGAGAUAAAAGGUGACACGGAAGAUGGUCAGGAGAAGGUCACCAGAAUUGGCGAAGAGUACUAUGAGCUUGUGCUACUUCGGUGCCUAGAGAAGAAUGUCUUGCUCUUUCAAAGAGCUGUGCGGAAAUUUAAGGGCAUGUUUCGGCCGGAUGUGGUGAGUCACGCUGCCGAAUUGCGCUAUAACGAUGGAGACAUGCAGGGCAAUGAGGGCGGGGUACCCGACGAACAAAAAAAAGCUCUUGGGGACACGUAUGGGUUGCUGCUAAAACUUGGUGGUCAAUAUGACAGGGCAUUCGAGGUUUUGCUACGGGUGGAUCAAAGUGAUGAGCUCUUCAGUCUUAUACGGGAACAGAAACUCUUUUCGAAAGCAUUGGAGGCCUUGCCUGCGCUGUUCGCCAGGAACGAGGACAGGACCAUCGAGCUCCUCCUGGAACACAUUUACGUGAGAAGCGCUGUUGUGGAUCAGGAAGAAGCAACAGAGGCGUUGCUGUUGCGAUCGUUUCUCACACCCGCGGCCGUCGUGCAACGAUUGGAACGGACGCAGCGUCGUUAUCUGUGGGCAUACCUGAAGGCGUUGCAGACCCGAGACAAGGCAGUGCACGCCGCGCUGUCGGAGACGCAUGCGCAACUCUUUGCGACGCUUUUUAUUGAGAACGAGCCGUCUGGUUUGCUUGCGUUCCUGCAUGAGAAUUCCGCACACCUUCCCAAGCUAAAGGAGAUAUAUGCACUGUGCAAAAAACACCAGCUCCUGGAGGAGAUGGUUUUCCUGCUUGCGAGGAUGGGAAAGGAGGAGGAGGGCCUUCGAAUCAUUGUGCACGACAUGAAAAGCAUGAAGAAGGCGGUGCAGUUUAUUGCCGACGUUCCCAACGAGGAGGAUCAGCUUCAGCUCUACAAAAGACUUGUGCACAUGACUCUCGAGAUGAACGCCGCACUUCAGAGCCGUCAUGGACAGAAGUACUUUGAGU